AACGGUAGUAUUCCUUGGAAAUCCAUGAUUUCUAAAUAUGUGUCAUGUUCUGCAGUGAUAACAAGCCACUGUCCCGAAUUCCAGCUGUGCUGAAGCUGCAUUGAUGAGAGAAUAGAUAAUUUCUGCAUUUACUGAAAGUGGAAGGAGGCACAGAGGUUCCUUCCUAACAGUUAUGAACUCCUAUCUUUCUGCAACAAAACCUCCCAACCCCGAGCCUAGCGCUGUGACACGCCAAGUGCACCACACAGCAGAGGGUGCGCCUGUGUCUUAACCUCACCUCAGCAGUGCUGAAUAACUGGGCACCAAUUCUGACAACUGUUCUGCAGGUAAGGUGUGUGUGCGCACUUGCAUGCACGCUUGCAUGCACACGUCUUUGUCCCUCAUACGCGAGAACUUGGCACUUAGCGGCCUGUAACAUACUCCUGUAAUACCAUCUUGGCUGCAUCCCAAAAGGAAGGAUGGAGUGACACAGACCAUAAUGGGAUUGCACGGUAGGGGAGCAUGACCUGCCUUCUAGCAAGCAGAGUAAGCAGCACCCACUUGGCGUGUGUGAAGGUGUGUAAUGACACAGAUCCCUGAGCCCCACCACUGCACCUCUGUACAUCAUGAACUGGCUGGAAUGAAAUAAGCCUUUCCCUGAGGGAUAGAAUGCUCAAGACAACCAAGGGAUGCACUUGGAAAUCCUUUACUGGUUGCAUACCAUGAUCUGAAGCAUAAUGGUGGUUUUCAGAAAGGGUGAUCAUGUGUGGCUGGACACUCAACCAAACAGUGAAUUUAAUGUCCCUAUUGGGGCAGUUGUGAAGGACUCUGACUCAGGACGGAUCUUGCUGGAGGAUGACGAAGGCAAGGAACAUUGGAUCACAGCUCGGAACAUGCACAUGGUGCGCCUGAUGCACCCCUCCUCUGUCCAGGGGGUGGAAGACAUGAUCCGCCUUGGCGAUCUCCAUGAAGCAGGCAUGGUGCACAACCUCCUCAUCCGCCACCAGGAGCACAAAAUCUAUACUUACACAGGAUCAAUCUUGGUAGCAGUGAAUCCAUACCAGCUGCUGCCCCUCUACACAGUCGAUCAGAUCAGACUGUACUGUAACAGGAGGAUUGGAGAGCUACCACCUCAUGUCUUCGCCAUUGCAGACAACUGUUAUUUCAAUAUGAAGAGGAAUAAGAGAGACCAGUGCUGUGUGAUCAGUGGAGAAUCUGGAGCUGGGAAGACUGAAAGCACAAAGCUAAUACUACAAUUCUUGGCAGCUGUCAGUGGCCAGCAUUCCUGGAUAGAGCAGCAAAUCCUAGAGGCCAACCCCAUUCUGGAAGCUUUUGGAAAUGCCAAGACAAUUCGAAAUGACAAUUCAAGCCGCUUUGGGAAAUACAUUGAUAUUCACUUCAACCAGAACGGUGUGAUAGAAGGAGCCCGGAUAGAACAGUUUCUUCUGGAGAAGUCCCGGGUUUGCCGGCAGGCUCCAGAGGAGAGGAACUAUCACAUUUUCUACUGCAUGCUAAUGGGGAUGAAUACAGAGCAGAAAAAGAUGCUGAAUCUGGGCACUGCUUCAGAGUACACCUACCUUACUAUGGGCAACUGCAUGUCCUGCGAUGGACGGAAUGAUGCAAAGGAUUAUGCCCACAUCCGCUCAGCUAUGAAGAUCCUCAUGUUCUCAGAUUCUGAGCACUGGGACAUCAGCAAGCUGCUGGCUGCCAUCCUGCACUUAGGGAAUGUAGAGUUUGAAGCGGCUGUGUACGACAACUUGGACUGCUCUGAUGUGAUGGACUCACCACACUUUUCAAUUGCAACCAAAUUGCUCGAGGUGGACUCCAGUGAACUCCAGAACAGCCUCACAAACCUCUCCAUCAUUGUCCGAGGAGAAAGCGUGUCCAGGCCUCUGAACAUAGUUCAAGCCGCAGAUGGGAGGGAUGCCUUUGUGAAGGGUAUAUAUGGACGGAUUUUCCUGUGGAUAGUGAACAAGAUCAAUUCAGCCAUUUUCAACCCAACUUCUCAAAAGUCUAAAACCAGACGUCAGUCCAUUGGGCUGUUGGACAUUUUUGGGUUUGAAAACUUCAGCAACAACAGCUUUGAGCAGCUCUGCAUUAACAUUGCCAAUGAGCACCUUCAACAGUUCUUCGUGCACCAUGUCUUCAAGCUGGAGCAGGAGGAAUACCUUGCGGAGCACAUUGUCUGGAAUAACAUCGACUUCGCUGAUAACCGCCAGGCUCUGGAAGUGAUUGCACUCAAGCCCAUGAAUAUCAUCUCUCUCAUUGAUGAAGAGAGCAAGUUCCCAAAGGGCACAGAUGCCACCAUGCUCAUCAAAAUCAAUUCCCUCCACGGCAAAAGUAAAGUCUACAUCCCACCUAAGAGUGUCCAUGACACCAAGUUCGGCAUCAACCACUUUGCUGGGGUUGUCUUUUAUGAAUCAAAAGAUUUCCUGGAGAAAAAUCGGGACACCCUGAGUGCUAAUGUAAUGCAAGUGGUUCAUUCCUCCAAAAACAAAUUCCUGAGAGAGAUUUUCCAGGUGGAAAUCACCCCACCUAAUCUGGGACGUGGGACCAUCCGGCAUCUUGGAGCUGACCAGACCUGCAAGUCUUUAUCCCGUUGUGGCUUUCUGCUGUCCAGAACAUCUGGCCAUGGACAGGGCUUGGAUACCACCAAACGGCUCUCUACUCUGGGAGGACAGUUCAAGCAAUCCUUGGAAAAACUAAUGAAAAUCCUUGAACAGUGCCAGCCAUAUUUCAUCCGCUGCAUCAAGCCAAAUGACUACAAGAAACCACUGUUGUUCGACCGGGAGCUGUGUAUCAAACAGCUGCGAUAUUCAGGGAUGAUGGAGACCAUUCAGAUCAGGAAAGCUGGCUACCCAGUUCGCUACAGCUUUGAGGAGUUCUUUGAGAGGUACAGAGUUCUCCUGCCAUGGUCUCUUCGAGAACAGUUGAAGAAUGAUGCUCGACAGAGCUCUAUCAGCAUCUCUGAAGCAGUUCUGGGAAAGAACGAAAGCUGGCAAGCUGGAAAAACCAAGAUUUUCCUUAAAGAUCAUCAUGAUACAGUAUUGGAGCUGCAACGCCAAAAUAUACUCACAGAUAAGGUUCUUCUUAUCCAGAAGGUGAUGAGAGGAUUGAAGGACAGGAAGCAGUUUCUGAAGCAGAGGAGGUCUGCUGUGGCCAUUCAGGCAGCCUGGCGAGGGUACUGCUGCCGGAAGGAUUUCAGAACGGUUAUGCUGGGUUUCGGGCGCCUGCAGGCCCUGUACCGGAGCCGGCAGCUUGCUAAACAGUAUGAAGCAACCCGAGCUCAUAUCAUCAGGCUUCAAGCCAUGUGCCGUGGUUAUCUAAUGCGUCAAAAGAUAGCGGAGCAGAAGAAAGCUGCAUGUGUUAUACAAGCAUAUGCAAGGGGCAUGUUUGCUCGCCGAAUCUACCAGAGGAUGAAGAGGGAGGAACACCUGACUCCUCUGGAGAGAGACGAGGCAGAAGCAAGACAAAGGAGGAAAGCUCUUGCCAAUAAACCAACAAAUCAUGACGUUAUCAGCGACCAAGAAAUGGUGGACAAAAUUUUUGGGUUUUUACCUGCUAUGAUCGGAGGCCAAGAAGGACAGGCUCCUCUGGGGUUUGAGGACUUGGAAACAAAGCCUAACAAGCUGGACGAGGUGGACCUGGACAUGGUUCCCAUGAGUGUGAAGCUAGAAGAGGAAGCAGAUGGUUUGGAAGAGUACACCUUCCCAAAGUUUGCAGCUACUUAUUUCCAGGGGUCUUCUACACAUACACAUAUCCGGAAGCAGCUGCGUCACCCACUACUCUACCAUGAUGACAAGGACAACGUCCUGGCUUCUCUAGUUGUGUGGGUUUUCAUCCUGAGGUUCAUGGGGGACCUGCCAGAGCCAGCCAUGUUUGCCAAGAAUGCCACCAUCAAGAGCGGCUCCGUGAUGACACAGAUAUAUGACACAAUUGGCAGGAAAAACCAGGUCCAGUUCAGGAACGACAGCCCAAAUAUGAGAGAAAGCAGAAAGGAUAACAGGAUUUCAAAAGGGAUCUCUUCCCUGAAGCUCAAGCGGUCAUCCAAGUUGACGGGGAAGGUGACAGACCAACUGAAAAAUGGAGAAGAGGCUUUCCAAGAGGACAGCUCGAUCUCUGAGAGACCGAUGUCCAACCUAGAAAAAGUGCACUUCAUUAUUGGCAACGCAAUCCUGCGUCCUGCCAUCAGAGAUGAGAUUUAUUGCCAGAUUUGCAAACAACUCACUGAGAACAGCAACAGGAGCAGCUAUGCUCGAGGCUGGAUCCUUCUGUCACUUUGCCUUGGUUGCUUUCCUCCUUCAGACACAUUUGUGAAGUACCUGUUGAAUUUCAUCCACCACGGGCCCACAGGCUAUGCACCAUAUUGUGCUGAACGUCUGAGACGUACCUAUGUCAACGGGGCACGGACUGAACCUCCAAGCUGGCUAGAACUUCAGGCAACGAAGCAGAAGAAACCCAUUAUGUUUAACGUCACCCUGAUGAAUGGCCAAAGCAUCACUGUCCCUGCAGACUCUGCUUCCAUUGCCAAAGAGAUCUGUCAGUUCAUAGCAGAUAAAACCAAACUGAAGGACAUGUUUGGUUUUUCGCUCUACAUCGCUGUGUUUGAUAAGGUCUGGUCACUGGGUGGGGGACGAGAUCACGUCCUGGAUGCCAUCUCGCAGUGUGAACAGCUAGCAAAGGAGCGGGGCACCCAUGAACGCAAUGCGCCCUGGCGGCUCUAUUUCCGGAAGGAAAUCUUCACUCCCUGGCACAACUCCAAGGAGGAUCCUAUCAGCACUGAUCUCAUUUACCACCAAGUCAUUCGCGGCAUCCGUUUUGGAGAGUACCGUUGUGAGAAGGAGGAGGAUUUGGUGGAGAUAGGGGCAAAAUAUUGUUACAUCCAGUUUGGAGAUUCCAUCCACAAUGAACUUGUGCAGAAGGUGCUCCAUGACUGUAUCCCAGUGAAACAGCUGAAGUCCAAGCCCCUGGAAAAGUGGGUGAGCCUUAUAACCUAUGCACAUGCUAAGGCCCCAUACACACAGGACCGUCUGUCUCGUCAGACUGUAAAGGAACAACUUGUAGAUUUUGCUCGCUUUCAGUGGCCUUUGCUUUUUUCUCGAUUCUUUGAAGUCACUAAAUUUUCAGGUCCCAGCUUGCCCAAGAACCACUUCAUUGUUGCCAUAAAUUGGAAAGGUAUCUACUUCUUGGAUGAGUCGGAAAAAAGGCUCCUUGAGCUGACUUUCCCAGAGAUAACUGGCAUCCACACCAACAGGGCAGUGAAGUCUUUUGGACAGAGUUGCACUCUCAUCACACUUCAUGCCGAGGAGUUUGUCCUGACAUCUGUAAACAGCGUUGUCAUUGCUGAACUGGUGGUCAUGUUCCUGGAAGGACUGAAGAAGAGAUCACGAUUCGCUGUGGCAAUGCAGGAGAAAAAAUCCCAAGAAGACCCUGCCAUCCUGUCCUUCAAGAAGGGAGACAUGCUAAUCUUCACUGAAGACAAAAGGCUGGAGGCAAACUCUGGCUGGAUCUGUGCCCAGAAUGAAAGGACAGGCAAAACAGGGAACGUAUUUUUGGAAGAGAUCUACAUCAUUCCUUCUCUCACAAAACCCUCUAGUCAAGUGCUGAGUUUGCUGAUGAUGUCUCCAGACCAGAGGAGGACAGCUUCACAGAACUCCUACAUGGAUGAACCUGAUGAAGAGGAUCUGAGAGUGAAGCCUUACACCCUGGAGGAAUUCUCCUAUGAAUACUUCAGGACUCCAGAGAAGGAAUCCAUCAGCAAAGCUGUUCUCCAGAAAUCCCGUGGGCGCAGCCAACUGUGGGCACACUCUAAGGAGCCCUUGAAACAGCCCUUGCUGAAGAGAGCGUGCACAGACCCUGAUCUUCGAGACUUGGCCUGUCAGGCCUUCACUGCCAUCAUGAAAUUCAUGGGAGACUAUCCCUCAAAACAGACCCACUCCUCUGUGGAAGUCACUGACCAGAUAUUUGUAGCAGCUAUCCAGGAGGAGGUCCUGCGGGAUGAGAUUUACUGUCAGAUUAUGAAGCAACUGACUGAGAACAGAAACAGGUACAGCGUGACCAAGGGCUGGCAGCUCCUUUGGCUCUGCACUGGCCUGUUCCCACCCAGCAAGUCACUGCUGAAACACGCCCAGAAGUUUGUGGAGACACGUCAGAGGGAAACACUGGCCCUAGAGUGCAGUCGGAGGAUUCAGACAGUGAUGAGGAGUGGCUCCAGGAAGUGGGCACCUCAUCCUGUGGAGGUUGAGGCCAUCUUACAGAACAACACUAAGAUCUCACACAAGAUUUGUUUCCCCAAUGAUACAGAACAGACAUUUCGUGUGGGAACAAACACCAAAAUCCGGACUCUGUGUCAGAACAUCGCUUCCAAAUUGCAGCUGAGCUCCUGGGAAGGUUUCAGCCUCUUUGUGAAGAUUGCAGACAAGGUGAUCAGUCAGAAUGAAGCAGACUACUUCUUCGACUCACUAAGACAGGUGACAGACUGGAACAGGAGGAACAAACCAGGGAAAGAUGGGGCUGCUAUGUCUGUGGCUUAUGAGGUGUACUUCAUGAGAAAGCUGUGGCUGAAUGUAACUCCUGGGAAGGACCUGAAAGCUGAUUCAAUUUUUCAUUAUCACCAGGAGCUGCCCAAGUACCUCCGAGGCUACCACAAGUGUUCCAAGGACGAAGCGGUCCAGCUGGCAGGGCUGAUUUAUAAGGUGCGCUUCAACCAUGACCGCACACAGCUGGCAGCUAUCCCCAAAAUCCUGAAGGAGCUGGUGCCAGACAAUCUGCUCCGAGCAAUCUCACCAGAGGAGUGGAAGAAGAGCAUUACUGCAGCAUAUAGUAAACAUGAAGGAAAAACUGUGGAUGAGGCCAAGAUUGCCUUCUUGAAAAUGAUAUACCGGUGGCCAACAUUUGGCUCAGCCUUCUUUGAGGUGAAGCAAACCUCGGAGCCAAAUUUCCCAGAGAUUGUGCUGAUUGCAAUUAACAAGCAAGGAGUCUCACUGAUACAUCAGAAGACAAAGGACAUUUUAACGGUCUACCCCUUCAACAAAAUCUCCAACUGGAGCAGUGGGAGCACAUACUUUCACAUGACAAUAGGGAACCUAGUACGAGGAAGCCGGAUCUUAUGUGAGACUUCUCUGGGUUAUAAAAUGGAUGACCUGUUAACAUCCUAUGUACGCCUGCUAAUGAAUGCUGUAAACAAGCAAAAGAACCUCCCAGCCUGAGAGUGGAAACAGAACCCACGACCUGCAUCUGUGCCAAACUACCUGUCAUUUCAUCUCCCAGAGGAAAUGCCAUUUAAAAAAAUACUAAUCUGGAUGAUCAAUCUUCUGAUCACACACUGAAUGAACUGUGCGGCUGAAAUAUUACAAGCGAAGCUCAAGUGAACAUGUGCUUUCAAAUAUCCAUAACACUUGUCUGUCUUAGAUGUAGUAUGAGAAUUCCUUUCAGAGUUUGGAUUUAGAGAAAGUUUAGCUGGAUUUUAACGUAAUAUGGGGGCAGAGGAACCCUAAUACCAGAGCCUAUUCUGAUACUCUGCAUCUGCUCCAUUCUUAAAGACACACACACAUUAACAGUUGUCUUCCUUUUGGAAAGAAAGUGUCCCCUUGUUGUAUAUGCUCUUACCAAAUGCAUAAACUCCUUGAGUCUUUGCAAACAAUGGUAAUGUUAUUUUUUUCCUCCUACUGGAAACUCUAAGAGUGGAGAAAUGCCCUUUAGUAGUAGGAUAGCUGGACACCCUGAAAGGAAAGAUGCUGGGUUUCAUCACUAGCUUAGGUGCUGCAAGUUACAGUAGACUAUGACAGCCAGUGACUGUCACAAUAUAACUGUCAUUCCUGUGUGCUGCUAACUUAGCAGGCUGUCCACUGGUUUACCAUUGCCUUGGUUAAAUUAAAUAUUUUCUUUCUUCCACACUUUAUAAUGCACUUGGAAAUUAAAAACUGCUUUGCACUAUGCCAUUUCUAGUAAGCGUAAACGCUGAAGCGAGUCUUGAUUUUGAGUCCAUUACUUUUAGUCAGCUGCUCCCAUUUCAAGUUAUAGAUGUUCUAUUCAGUGCAAAUCAGAAUCAAAGAACUCAGUCUAACAGACCUCUGUUCCAAAGAGGCUUUUCUGCUCUAUAAAAAUGUUCUCAGCUCGGAGUUAUGCAGACAUUCAUUCAUGAGACAAGAGUAAUAGCUUUAAUUUCUCCUGAUCUUUUCUAUUUCCUGUUUAGUAACCGCUUUGAGUGGUAAAAUUUGAUUCAGCACUUGUUCAUGUCUCAGACCUUCGUAAACACGCAACUUUGGUCCUAUAGGAACCCGAGCGUACAUGGAGCGUGUAAAGCAUAUACGCACUGUAGUGGUAGUAAGCUUAGAUGCUUACCCCGUCAGGGAACACGCGCUCCUUCCUCAAUGACAAGCCCUCCCUUGCUCGCAGUGAAACAUGGACAUGUCUUAAAGCAUUUACAUCAAGUUCCUUGAGACACAACCUGGCAGUGCUGGAAAAGCAGCUCUGCUAGGUCUCUCAAAUUUGCCAAUGUACGCACAAUGGUUCUCUUGUUCCCUCAGAUGUGUGUGUGUGAAAUUCAGACACUCAUGGGAGUUCUGUACAUGGGUGGCAGGGGAGAGCCCCGCUGUCUCUGCAUCUAAAUGAGUGCCACACUUGUCAGGAUAGUUGAUCCUUUUGCAUGCAAUUAGAUGUUCCUGCUGUUAUGUCCAUUGCUGGCAAUGGAAAUGUUUGAGACCAAUGACUUUGAUGUCUGAUCUAACUGGCUGUAAGAAGAAUUCAAUACUUCACCUGUACAAAAAGAAAUCCUGCAGCCAAACUGUACCGUUUCUGGUUUUUAAAUAAACACUGCAGAAAAUCAA